UACUGCUUUUCGUGCUCGUCUCCGAGCUCGGCAAUGACGUCCGCUCCGCUCCUCGAAAUCCGAUCCCUCGACGAGGACGAAACGGCCUACGACUACGAAGAGAAGGUGGUCAUAUCGGUCUCCGACCGUGAAGAUGAAUCUGAGGCCGCGGAGGGGGUCGCUUCUCUCCCGCCCUUCUCCUGGCGGAAGCUGUGGCAGUUCACUGGCCCUGGUUUCCUCAUGUCCAUCGCUUUCCUGGAUCCUGGUAACCUCGAGGGGGAUCUCCAGGCCGGCGCGGCCGCCGGUUACUCUCUUCUCUGGCUGCUCCUCUGGUCCACCGCCAUGGGGCUCCUCGUCCAGCUGCUCUCCGCGAGGCUCGGAGUGGCGUCGGGGCGCCACCUAGCGGAGCUAUGCCGCGAAGAGUACCCCAGGUGGGCCACCGUCGCGCUCUGGCUCAUGGCCGAGCUCGCUCUCAUCGGGGCCGACAUCCAGGAGGUGAUCGGGAGCUCAAUCGCGAUCAAGAUCCUCAGCGGCGGGGUGAUUCCCCUCUGGGCUGGAGUGGUUAUCACCGCCUUGGACUGCUUCGUCUUCUUGUUUCUUGAGAACUAUGGUGUGAGGAAACUAGAGGCUUUCUUCGCAGUUCUUAUCACAACUAUGGCUGUCUCUUUUGCCAUUAUGUUUGGCCAAGCCAAGCCCAGUGGCAAGGAACUUCUAAUUGGUAUUAUUGUUCCAAAACUAAGUACAAGCACAAUAAGACAAGCUGUGGGAAUUGUUGGUUGCAUUAUCAUGCCUCACAAUGUGUUCUUGCAUUCUGCGCUUGUACAAUCAAGAAGAGUUGGCGAUGAAAAUAAUAGACACCUUAGAGAAGCAAUGCGCUACUAUUCCAUAGAAGCCACUGUUGCUCUUGUUAUAUCCUUCUUCAUCAAUGUAUCCGUUACGACAGUUUUUGCAAAGGGGUUCUAUGGUACAGACAUAGCCAAUACAAUAGGGCUAGAGAAUGCUGGGCAAUUUCUUCAAGAGAAAUAUGGGGGCGCACUAUUCCCUAUUUUAUAUAUAUGGGGUGUUGGACUAUUGGCUUCUGGACAGAGCAGCACUAUCACUGGGACAUAUGCUGGACAAUUCAUCAUGGGAGGCUUUCUGAAUCUUCCUUUAAAGAAGUGGAUUCGCUCAGUGAUUACAAGAAGCUUUGCGAUAGUGCCGGCUAUGAUAGUUGCUCUAUGGUUUGACAGUGAAGGCUCGGCCAUGGAUACCUUGAAUGAGUCUCUUAAUGUUCUUCAAUCUAUUCAGAUACCAUUUGCUCUCAUUCCUCUUCUCACUAUGGUAUCCAAGGAACAGAUCAUGGGAAUUUUCAAAAUUGGCCCUUUUAUGAAAGUGGUAACCUGGAUUGUGGUUGGCUUUCUGAUAAUCAUCAAUGGCUACCUUUUGCUAGAUUUCUUGUCAGCUGAAGUGCAUGGCUUACUCUUAAAUUCUCUCCUCUCUGUCACCGUGGUAGUAUACAUAAUGUUUAUCAUAUUUCUUACCAUAUGGAGGAGUUCUUUAUAUACAUGGCUUACCGUAACAAUCGGCAAAAGUUUCUGCAGUGGCAACUAACAACUUGGAUUUCACAAUUUGCAAGAAAUGCUUGGUCGUUUAUGUUAGACUGGCAUUCUUGAAUUGCAAUGUUUGCUUGGUCCUUUAGCUUUGCGAGCUCAGCCCUAGCUCUCAAGAAGCAGGUGUUAACCAAGAAUUUGUGUAUUAUUUUCUUCUUAUAUCCUUGUUAUAUUAACAUUGUUGAAUCAAAGAGUGCACAAAAAUGUGAAAAAAAAAAAUGAAGACAAAGAAGCUCUGUAAAAUAGUGUGCUACGUGAUGUAUGCAUUUACAGUAUAUAAUAAUAUCCAAAGGUUGAUGGGAGUUAUUUUUCUUA